CGAGUCACCGAUCCCGGUCGCUCUUUUCCCGUGCGCCUCACCCAUGUCUCCUCGUGCUCUGCACGUGGGACCCCUUCGUCCAAAGGAAACCAUUCACUCAAAAGGAUCAUCCGAAGUCUGGAGCUGCUGCGUGCCGAACCCAAAUCUGUGGGUCUUCAUUCGUUGAGUUGCAUGAGACCAACGUUGAUCAUACACUCUUUUCCGGACUAAUCCGUUUAUUGCCAAGGAUCAGAGCUAUCAACGAUCGAGACAACUCACUGUUACUUGACCUUGGUAUGGGAGAAUGCUACGGGAUAAUACCUCUCCAAAUUGGCCAAGCCCACGCAUAGACAUCCCCGCUCGUCCUGCUGAGGAUAUAACCGCAGCCCCUUUCAAGUGAGACUAGGGCAGCGCCUCGCCCAUCGAAGCCUCUGAUUCUUCUCCCCCUUCCGGCUCGCCGUGGGUCCUUCAUCUCGCAACAUGCAUCUCCCGACUUGCCUCGCUACCCUGAUCGCCGCCCCGCUUUUAGCGGUCGCGAUCCCGACCAGCAACCUGGCUCCCGGGGAGCAAACCGGCCUUCUUCUUGCAAGACAGCGGCAACCAGCCCCUCCUCCUUGUGUCCGAAUGGACCCGCCUCCCACCCAGGAGGAAACGGAGGCCCGGUUCAACGCUUUCGUGGAGGCUUUUGUUGGCGAAUCCAAGAGCUUAGCAAAGGCAUUCGAAUACAUUGCCGCCGAUUACAUCAAUCACAACCCUGCGGCACAGAAUGGGUCACAAUCGGCCUGGGAUAUCCUAAGCCCAUUCUGGGAUCAGUCGUCACAUACAUAUCUCCGUUCUACCAUCGAAGAGAAUAUGUCCUGGGUCAAUUAUAGAUCUGGCGGUUUCGGAGAGGUUGUCGACCGGUUCCGGUGGGAGGCAGGCUGCAUCGCCGAACAUUGGGAUCAAGGGGAGGUGUACCCGACUUCCUGAGUACGACCUACUUCCAGGGCUAUUCCUGACAUCCAGGCUCUCGGCGAGCUUGGAGCCAUAUCCUUCAAGCCAGCGACUAUCAUUGUUCUUCGCCCUAUUUUGUUUGUUGUCGGAACUUCGUGGAGCAACAACAGCCCUAAGGUUGUUGGCAGUCAUUAUUAUUGACGCCGCCGCAGCUUGAGGGGUUUCUUAUGCAGGAUAAAAAUAACG